CGUCAACUCUAUAUCGGCCGACGUGAUGGAGGGCUAUAUGAACAAGGCAGUGACCAUCGCAACUCAAGAUGGACGCCUCUUGACGGGCAUCUUGAAAGGGUUUGACCAAUCAACCAACCUCAUUUUGAAUCAGUGCUACGAGCGUGUUUUCUCCCUACACUCGGGCGUCGAAAUCGUGCCCAUGGGCCUCUACAUUGUGCGCGGCGACAACGUUGCCGUGGUUGGCGAAACAGAUGAGGAGACAGAUGCGACACUGGAUCUGGAGAAUGUCAAGGCCGCUCCCUUGAAUCCUGUCGUGUACUAGUCUGUCCCCCAGUUCCCAUCAAAGCGCCUGCCCCUUUUCCUCUGUCUUUUCCAUCUGCUAUAGUUUCCCAUCUGCUAUAGUUGUUGGUUCCAGCUAUAGCCAUCGGCCCGGUGACGCCAGUCCACGCUCAAAUGUGCGCCCCGCGUCGUGUGAACAGCUCCCACGUGUCAAAGCCAGACAUACAUGGCCUCGUAGGCGUGACAGCGUCACCGUCGUGACCUCGAGAUCCGAUUGGAGCCCAAUUAGCUGCGCU